GGCUGCGGCGCGCGGACAGCAGGCCAUAACAUGCACGUCAGUAGUAUCAUCCUGAAAGCCUGAAUCUCAAAAGUCCCGCGCAGUCCUGGGGGUCAUUGGCAUGAUGGCCAUCGUCAUUGGGGGAUGAGAACUGGCGGUAAGGGAAUCCCGGAACUAGGUGCUCGAGUAUGCCAGGUCCUUAGCGCAGUAAGGAACGAAUGUCGUACCGAUUUUACAGGAUAACCGGUCAAAGGGAAGCAAAUGUGGUAGCAUCCUGAUCCUCUCAUGGACCCGGUCGAGAGCCAGAAAGACUGUAGACCAAAGGUACACCACGCAAUCGUCCGUAACGGGAAGGUUAUUCCCAUCCACAGGACAGGUGAAGGAGAGACAACAUGGGUGGAGAUGGCCAUGGCAAUGAGACAACAUUACUCACCUACGGAUCCAGAAUCUACACACCAGACCGACGAGUACUCACGGUCUUGGAAUUCCUUAUCAGGGUAUACGAUCCCCAACCAUGAGCCACUCAUCCCAUCUCUUCGGAGGCUGAACUGUUUUCUCCGGCACUGGAUCGGCUUGACGAUGCUAUUGGAGUACGUGACCUGUCGGAUGAUAUUUCUUGAGGUCAGUUACGAAGUUCCCACAACACGACAGAGGCUUUUGUCGCGGCACUUGACCAUCCUCUGAGUACAACUGGUUGAGGGUGGGUAACAUUGCGCCCGAAGACACACCGCUGGGAGGCUAGUUAGGGAAAGGGAAAGAGGAGGGGCAAGGGGCACAGUGGAAAGGGCCUUGU